CCUCACCAAAGUCCCUGUAGCCUCAAUACUACUAGUGAGAUGGCACCCUGAUACGGUACUUGAUACCUGAGUAAUGACCCGUUCUCAAAAAAGGGUUAGGGUUUGCCAAGCUCUCUACUAGUAUUAUAGCGCCUUUCUCCAGAACGGAGUAAACAUCGCGAGAGUCUAUGACUCACCUUUCAAGAGGAGAGCUUUGAAAAAGGUCCCAUCGAAGCCCCUUGAGUCUCCUCCCCUCCGACCCGUAUUCCUACCAUCCUCAACCAACAUAAACACACCAGCUUUCUCCUUCCUUCCGUGAUGGCCACCCGCAAACUCAUCUCCUCCGGCUCGGCCUUCGAAGCCCAGAUCGGCUACUCCCGCGCCGUCGUCUCGGGGGACAUCGUCUUUGUAUCCGGCUGCACGGGAUAUGACUACAAGACGGGCGCCAUCUCAGACGACGUGGCCCAGCAGGCGGAGCAGUGCAUGCACAACAUUGCGGCAGCGCUGGCCGAGGCCGGCGCAACAGUGGCUGACGUUGUGCGGGUGCGGUAUAUCCUGCCGGAUAAGCGGGAUUUUGAAAAGACCUGGCCGGUCCUUCAGAAAUGGCUCGGCGAUGUCCGGCCGGCGGCGACUAUGAUCCAGGCCGGGCUGAUGUUGGAUGAAAUGAAGAUCGAGAUUGAGGUGACGGCGAAGAAGGAGGGCGCUUCGGGGGAGCAGAAGACGCUGCUGUGAUAUCCCGAGGCAGGAUCAGCUCCAGGGGCUUCGGCAACGGACAAGCUCAUCCUCGGAUGAAGCACAGAAACGAGGAUUAGGUUCCAGGUAUAUAGAGU